AUCGUCUUCUUCUUCGUCGUAUUAAUUUCUUCGUCGAUUCAUUCCACACAGAUCUGAUCAUGAUCUCUCUUCUGUUCCGUGAUUUUGCAGAGUUUUGAGCGUUCUUGUUUCUCUUAAUCUGAGAUCCCAAUGGCUCGUACGAAGCAAACUGCUCGCAAGUCUACUGGUGGAAAGGCUCCCAGGAAGCAGCUCGCCACCAAGGCUGCAAGGAAAUCAGCCCCAACCACUGGUGGAGUCAAGAAGCCCCAUCGUUACCGCCCUGGGACUGUUGCCCUUCGUGAAAUCCGAAAGUAUCAGAAGAGCACCGAACUUCUUAUUCGCAAGUUGCCUUUUCAACGCCUUGUUCGUGAAAUUGCUCAAGACUUCAAGACUGACUUGAGGUUCCAGAGUCAUGCGGUUCUGGCGCUUCAGGAGGCUGCAGAAGCCUACCUGGUGGGCCUGUUUGUAACUGGGGACUGCAAGAAUUGCAUUCAUUUGUGGGAACCUACGUCUGGUACGACAUGGAAUGUUGAUGCUAAUCCCUUUGUCAGACAUACCAGAAGUGUUGAAGAUCUACAAUGGAGUCCCACAGAACCUUAUGUAUUUGCCUCUUGCUCUGUGGAUGAGAAUAUUGCAAUAUGGGAUAUUCGUCUAGGGAAGUCACCAGCAGCAUCCAUAAAGGCACAUAAUGUAGAUGUGAAUGUUAUCUCAUGGAACAGGUAUUUAAAUGUCUUUUCUUUCAGUAGGCACCUAUGUCUGAUAUAUGUAUCUGAUGACUUCUCUUUCUCAUUCUUGCCUUCUAUUUUAGUUUAUGUAAUUCCUAGGAGUCCCUAA